AUGCACUCACCGACUCUAUUAGUAAAGGCAUUAUAUGAUUUUGAUUCAAAUGAAACUAAUUUAUCUUUCAAGAGAAAUGAUAUCAUACAAGUGUUCACCCAACUGGAAUCAGGUUGGUGGGAUGGAGUGUGUAAUGGCGAACGUGGCUGGUUUCCAAGUAACUACGUUACGACUUAUGAAGAGGAUGACCUUUUCGACGAUGAAGAUAAGUUAGGGGAUUGGAUUCCUCAACAAACUCCAGAUGGUGAUAUUUUUUAUUAUAAUACAAGAACAGGUGAAUCGUCAUGGGAGUUACCAGCAGAUGAUAGUGAAUCCAUUACAACGAUAAACAGGGACACAAUAAUAAGUAGUAAUGAUAGUUUAAGACAAUUACCAGAAAAUUGGACACGAAAACCUACUGAAAAUGGAAAGACUUAUUAUUAUCUAAAUAUCAUUACUAAGGAGGUUAGAUGGACUUAUCCUGAAAAUGGUACUACAACCGUUGCUUCCAGUAAUUCUGAUAUUGAUGAAACUGAUGAUAAAGCAAGCAUUGCAAGUUCACACGAUAGUCAAAUAAGUUCUACCACAGAUGGCACGAUUCAACAAAGGUCACUACAAGGGUCACGACAAGGAAAACCAUUUGAAAAUGAAUCAUUAUCUAAUGGAAGUGAAAUAGAAAAAAAACUUUCACAUGAACAAUUACCUCCAAUACCCACAGAAACAAUACCUCAUCAAUUAAAGAAUAUUUCAGAAUCCUCAAUUCUCAUGCUACAAAAUGCUAAUGAACAACUUACAUGGGAUUCUUUAUUACGGAAUAUCAUCUUGGCCAUCGAUCAUCUUAAUUUGGCAACCAAAGAGAAUAUGAAGAAAAAUUACCCAGAUUGUACUAAUGUCAUCGUUGAAAGUAUUAGAAUUAUGCUUUAUGCAUCUGGUGCUAUUGAAAAAGAUUCACCUGCUAUAAGGCAAAAUAUGAAUCUAAAGGUUUAUCAUAGACAUAUAAUGGCUUCACUUUCAAAAUUAGUCCUUUCAACAAGAGUGGCUUCAAGUGUAUGGCCUCCUUCGGAUGCUGCUCAAAAAAUGAAGAAUGAUGUUCAUGAAGUAUUAAUCGCCGUUCAGAAAUUUGUUGAAACCGCUAAACCUUUAGUAGUUAUUAAAAGAGUUGAUCCAAAAAUCCUUGAGAAUGUUACAGGUGGAUCUUGGCGUGGUAAUAACUUGUUAAAAGUAAUUACAAACGGGAUUAAUGGAACGAAUGGUCGGUUCCCAAAACCACCUUCAAUUUCAUCAAGUGUAAAUUCUCAAGAAAAUAAUAGCCCUCUAAACUCCCCUACAACUUCCAGUCCAUCACAUUCUCUAUCAUCAGAACUUAAUGUUUUACUGGAACAAAGUUUUCGCACUGUAAAUCAAGCUAUUAUAUUGCUCGUCAAUCAUAUUAAAAAAGUGAUCGAUGCUCCUCAAUCUUUAAUAUCCAAUACGAGCGUUCCUUUUGCUUCCCAACUUGUUUCACAAACGAGACAAGUUGCCACACAAGUUGGACAGUUCUUAUCUCUGAUUGAAAAUAUAAAUUUAGAGGAUUUUAGUGAGUCUAGUUCAGACACAAUUAAUGAGUUUAAAAUAUCCAAACAAGCAUUAUAUAAUAACAUAGCAGCGUUGGUUAUUUGCACUCAGUCAGUAGCUGACCCAUUAGCUUCAUUAAAUGCUUUGGACAAAGUUUUAACUACUACAAAUAUAGUGGAUAAAGUAGCAAAAGAUGUUAUUAUCGCUAUCAAAUUCCUCGUGGAAGAAAAUGAAACUCGAGAGCAGAUGAAAUCUCGUCCAAGACGUCCUACUAUAACUUCUAAUUCUCUUGAUCAAAUCGUUGAAGGAAAUUCAAAUGAUUUAACAGAAGAUGAUCAAUCUACGACUCCUAGCACAUCUCCUCCGAUUUCCUCCUCAAUGACAGGAUUAGAAACUGUUCCUGAGGAUGAUGUUAUGACAACUGAUGGUGAUUCAACAGUUGUUGUUGACGCAGUUUCUUAUGAUAAUGAUAUCCCAAUGUCACCGAUUUCAGCCGGUGGAGAAUCAAUUUCAAGCAACAAUCGUCAUCGUUCGAAUAGUGCGGUCUCUUCCGUCACUUGGAACGAUGCUGCAUCAUCCCAAUCAUCUCCUCCUCUCCCUUCACAACAAUCCCCUGUUCAACUUGUUGCUGCUACACCUUCGAAUGCCGAUUAUCCAAAUUCUUCAUCCUCUACACUUGAUGAUGGGACUAGAUCACCACGUAAAGAACAUAAGGUUUCAAGGUUUUUCGGUGAAGUUAUUCCUAAGCAAAAAGAAAAAGAUGAUAAACCUUGGUACCUUAGUUAUGAUUAUGAUCCUUCUGAAAUGUUGUUUAAUAUGGAAAGUUAUGUAAAAGGAGGAACUCUUGACGCUCUUGCAGAAAGAUUAACGUUACAUGAUUCAUUAGAUUCAAAUUUUAUCGCUACAUUUUUGUUGACAUAUAGAUCUUUCUGUACAACAGAUGAAUUGUUUGAUAGGUUGUUUAAGAGAUUUAUGAUUCAACCACCUGAUGGUUUAACUCGCGAAGAAUUAGAAGUUUGGCAAGAAAAGAAACAAACGCCUAUCAGAUUAAGAGUUUUUAAUAUUAUGAAGACUUGGCUAGAAUAUUACUAUAUGGAUGAUGAGGAUGCACCUUGUCUAGAAAGAUUGAGAGAAUUUGCAAGCACAACAAUGAAUGAUCAUAUGUCCUUUGCUUCAAUAAAUUUAAUGAAGUUAGCCGAUAAAAGGGCAAAGAUGAUAAUAACAAAUAAUGACAGGCCACCAGCACCAAUUUUACCCAAGAAUAUUAAGAAGCUAAAAUUCUUAGAUCUAGAUCCUUUGGAAAUUGCUAGACAGUUGACUUUAAUUGAGAGUAAAUUGUACAACAAGAUCAAGCCUGUUGAGUGUCUAGAUAAGGCUUGGAGUAAAGAAGAAGGUGAUAAUAUAGCAGUAAACAUUAAAGCCAUGAUUGUUAACAGUAAUCAGAUAACGGGUUGGGUAGCAGAAUCAGUUUUAAAUCAAUCAGAAGUUAAAAGGAGAUGCUUGUAUAUUAAACAUUUCGUAGCAGUAGCCGAUAAAUGUAAAUUUUUGAAUAAUUUCAAUUCACUCACCGCUAUUAUUUCUGGAUUAAAUUCCGCACCAAUUCAUCGUCUGAAACGCACAUGGGAAUUGGUUAAUGCAAAAACCAUACAGACACUUGAAGUUCUUAAUAAGACCAUGAAUUCUACAAAAAAUUUUGCCGAAUAUCGGGAGACGUUACAUAGCGUAAACCCACCAUGUGUACCGUUCUUGGGUGUAUAUUUGACAGAUCUUACCUUUAUUGAAGAUGGUAACCCAAACACUCUUAAAAAAUCCCGACCAUUGAUUAAUUUCUCGAAACGCAUGAAAACAGCAGAAGUAAUACGUGAAAUUAAGCAAUAUCAAUCGGUUCCUUAUAACCUCGCUGCCGUACAAGAAAUACAAAUGUUUAUAAAGUGUCAUCUGCAGGAUAGUCGAGACGUUGGAGAUCUAUACGAUCAAAGUCUUAGUAUGGAACCAAGGGAACGUGAGGAUGAGAAAAUUGCUCGCUUAUUACAAGAAUCUGGUUUCCUAUAA